AUGGUUUUACAGAUUAACCUAAGAAAUCUUGAGCAGAGAAUUGAGAAUUUAGAACAAAGUAUCAAGGACAUAACUGAUUUAAAAAGAUUAUUAGUGGGAAGAAAACUUACUGAACUAUUAAAUGAAUUAAAUGACCAAAAGCAAGAUAUUCAAAACUUAAAUUUUGAAUUAACUUGGUUAACUACUCAAUUUAACUCUUUUGAAGAAAAAAUGAAAGUGCAAGUAGAAGGAACUAAUGCCAAGCAAGAAAUUAUUGAGGAUUUAAAAGAAAAAAUUAAGGAGCAAGAGAAAAAUACCAAAGAACUUAUUAAUGACCUAAAAGAAAAAAUUAGUAGUCAACUCAAAGAAAUAAUUAAUGAAUUAAAAGCGAAAAUUUGGAGAGAUAAUAUUUUGAAUUCAAGACAAAAUGAAAUAAAUAAACCAGUCACAGAUGAAGAAUUGAUGAAAACACCCAACAAAUCAGUCCGUAAACAGAACCGUUAUAAUAAUGCAUAUUCACAAAAAUAUAACGUCAUAGGAAAAAGGUCAGAUGAGAAAAAACCAAUUAAACCAGUUACAGAUGAAGAGUAUCAAGAAUUGAUGAAAACAACAAUCCAAACUACACGUAAAAAUAAUAAUCUAAGUUCAAAAGAUAACUCUACAGAAAGUAGAUCAUUUGAAAUAAAAUCAAUUAAACCUGUUACAGAUGAAGAAUUUCAAGAAUUAAUAAAAACACCCAUCAUCAGAUCAAGAAAACCAAUUAAACCUGUUACAGAUGAAGAAUUUCAAGAAAUAAUGAAAACACCCAUCAUUGGAUCAAGAAAACCAAUUGAUGAAGAAUUUCAAGAAUUAAUAAAAACACCCAUCAUCGGAUCAAGAAAACCAAUUAAACCUGUUACAGAUGAAGAAUUUCAAGAAAUAAUGAAAACACUUAAACCUGUUACUGAAGAAGAAUUUCGAGAAUUAAUGAAAUUCACACAUCAUCCCAUAGUCCGUAAACAGAAGCGUUAUAAUAAUUAA